AUGUCCACGCCAGCUCCCCAGAGGAGGCUGCUUGACCCCCUGAACACCUCGUCCCCCAUCAUCCUCAACCACAUGGCGCCCGCCAACCAGUCCGACCCCCUGUGUCACGGCCUCUUCAUCCCCAACGAGGUGUUCCUGACCCUGGGCCUGGUGAGCCUGGUGGAGAACAUGCUGGUGGUGAUGGCCAUCUCCAAGAACCGCAACCUGCACUCGCCCAUGUACUACUUCGUCUGCUGCCUGGCCCUCUCGGACCUGCUGGUGAGCGUCGGCAACCUCCUGGAGACCUCGGUCAUGCUGCUGCUGGAGCGGGGCCAGCUGGUCAUGCAGACCCCCGCGGUGCGGCGGCUGGACGGCGUCAUCGACAUGAUGAUCUGCACCUCGGUCAUGUCCUCGCUGUCCUUCCUGGGCGCCAUCGCCGUCGACCGUUACAUCACCAUCUUCUACGCCCUGCGCUACCACAGCAUCGUCACCCUGCGGAGGGCCCGGGGAGCCAUCGCGGGCAUCUGGGUGGCCAGCGCCCUCUCGAGCGCCCUGUUCAUCUCCUACUACAACCACCCCGUCGUCCUCCUCUGCCUCGUCGGCUUCUUCCUCUCCAUGCUGGUGCUCAUGGUGGCCCUCUACAUCCACAUGUUCUCCCGGGCCCGCCAUCACGCCCGGAGCAUCGCCCGGCAGCACAAGCGGCGAGCCGGGUGCCAGGCCGUGUGCCUCAAGGGGGCCGUCACCCUCACCAUCCUGUUGGGCGUCUUCUUCUUCUGCUGGGGUCCCUUUUUCCUCCACCUGACCCUCAUCGUCGUCUGCCCCCAGAAUCCCUCCUGCUUCUGUUUCUUCCAGAACUUCAACCUCUUCCUCAUCCUCAUCAUCUGCAAUUCCAUAAUCGACCCUCUCAUCUACGCCUUCCGCAGCCAGGAGCUCCGCAAGACGCUCAAGGAGGUGGCGCUUUGUUCCCGCUACAAGGCUUCCCGCUCCCCCCCCGCCCCCACCUUACUGGUCCAGCCAGGGUGGCUGGACGCUCUGGAGCUGCAGUCGGAUCUGAAGAAGGCUGAGGGGCUGACGAUCGUCUCCCCCCUCUCCCUCUCGGAGGCCGGAGCCAAACCCUUCCCUGUAGGAUCGGCCGGCCCCCGCCCCGCCGCCCUGGCCUCCGGCCAGCCGCCCGGCCGGCCCGGGCCAGCCUUCGCAUUGUGUGCGGCCAGACAAUGUGGCCGGUCCCGGCCCCGGGCCCAGCAGGGCGGGGGGUUUCGCGGAGGGUGGGGGCCGGUGCUGAUGCUGCAGGGAUGUUGCAGCAUUUUGGGGAGGCGGCUCCUGAUUGGGCGGGCCGGGGAUGAGGUCAGCUCCCGGAGGACCGGCGGCCGCUCGCCCUAUAAAAGGCUCCGAGCGGGGAGCGCCCAGCCUUCCGCAGCCUGCCAGCCCAGCGGCCCGCCGCUCCCCGGACCCCGGACCCCGGACCCCGGACCCCGGACCCCGACCCGCCCCUGCAGCAAGCCGGACACAACAGACACCAUGAGAGAGAUCGUCCACAUCCAGGCGGGCCAGUGCGGCAACCAGAUCGGAGCCAAGUUCUGGGAAGUGAUCAGUGAUGAGCAUGGGAUAGACCCCAGUGGCAACUACGUGGGUGACUCAGAUCUGCAGCUGGAGAGGAUCAGCGUCUACUACAAUGAAGCCUCUUCUCAUAAAUAUGUGCCCAGGGCCAUCCUGGUGGACCUGGAGCCUGGAACCAUGGACAGUGUUCGAUCUGGAGCAUUUGGACACCUCUUCAGACCUGACAACUUCAUCUUUGGUCAGAGCGGUGCAGGGAACAACUGGGCCAAGGGCCACUACACGGAGGGGGCCGAGCUGGUGGACUCAGUGCUUGACGUCGUGAGGAAGGAGUGUGAGAACUGUGACUGCUUGCAGGGCUUUCAGCUCACCCACUCUCUGGGAGGGGGCACCGGGUCGGGCAUGGGCACGCUGCUCAUCAGCAAGGUGCGGGAGGAGUACCCGGACCGGAUCAUGAACACUUUCAGCGUGGUGCCCUCGCCCAAGGUGUCGGACACGGUGGUGGAGCCCUACAACGCCACCCUGUCCAUCCACCAGCUGGUGGAGAACACGGACGAGACCUACUGCAUCGACAACGAGGCCCUGUACGACAUCUGCUUCCGCACCCUCAAGCUGGCCACCCCCACCUACGGCGACCUGAACCACCUGGUCUCGGCCACCAUGAGCGGGGUCACCACCUCCCUCCGCUUCCCGGGCCAGCUGAACGCCGACCUGCGCAAGCUGGCGGUCAACAUGGUGCCCUUCCCCCGCCUGCACUUCUUCAUGCCCGGCUUCGCCCCGCUCACGGCCCGCGGCAGCCAGCAGUACCGGGCCCUGACGGUGCCCGAGCUGACCCAGCAGAUGUUCGACGCCAAGAACAUGAUGGCCGCCUGCGACCCCCGCCACGGCCGCUACCUGACCGUGGCCACCGUCUUCCGGGGCCGCAUGUCCAUGAAGGAGGUGGACGAGCAGAUGCUGGCCAUCCAGAGCAAGAACAGCAGCUACUUCGUCGAGUGGAUCCCCAACAACGUGAAGGUGGCCGUCUGCGACAUCCCGCCCCGGGGACUCAAGAUGUCCUCCACCUUCAUCGGCAACAGCACGGCCAUCCAGGAGCUGUUCAAGCGCAUCUCGGAGCAGUUCACCGCCAUGUUCCGCCGCAAGGCCUUCCUGCACUGGUACACGGGCGAGGGCAUGGACGAGAUGGAGUUCACCGAGGCCGAGAGCAACAUGAACGACCUCGUCUCCGAGUACCAGCAGUACCAGGACGCCACGGCCGAGGAGGAGGGAGAGAUGUACGAGGACGACGAGGAGGAGUCGGAGGCCCAGGGUGCCAAGUGAAGCCGCGGGGCCGGAACGGGCCGGCUGCCGGUGGGAGGCUUCAGCUCGGGUCCGCGUGAAGCUUUCGCCCCUCAGAAGGUCAAAGCCUCUUCAGUGUCCUGUCGCCUCCAACGGAGUCCUCCGCCAUCGCUUCCUGUUAGCCGAGAGCCAGGCACCUGCUUCCCAGUCGCUUCCGAUUAAGGGUUCCAAGAGUUCAAUCAUUCAGUAUUUACUAAUGAUAUUCCCUUCCUGCCUCUCCCUCCUCCCUCCUCCCCAUUACCGUGUGAUUUAGCCCCCUUCCCUCCCGCCCCUCCCCCCAAUCCCUCUCCGCCCCGGCCCCUCCUUCAUUUUUUUAUGAUUUUCACAGCCUUGACAUUUAAUUUUUUACUGGUUUGUGUUUAUUUUUAUUUUUUGGAAGACUUAAUAAAUUUAUUGCUGUCCGAUA